AUGCAUUCGCUCGGCUCGCUUGCACGGCAGCAGCAGAUCGACAACGAUGCUCGAGGACAGGUUGGCGGCGAUGCUCGGUCGACGGAGCUGGUCCUGGAGGAAGACGAGGAGGAGAAUGGUGCGAGUGGCUUUGAUGUCGAAGACGAGGACGAGGAGGAUAUGCAUGCCAAUGGCGUACCAGCGGCCAGGGGGUGGCGGCUCGACGUUCGAGAAGCAACAACGAGGCAGUUUCGAAUAAAAGUCCUCGACAUGUUCACGCGGGAGCUCAAGCUGCAGACGUGGUCCGAUGACACGGCCGACGCUUCAUUACUGCCUCUCUCGUGCGACCAGGUGCACCUUCGACGGAUCAGCGGCGCAUUCAGCAACGCAGUCUUCUUUGUCUCCUACAAGGUUGCCGAGGGUGUCCAGGCGCGCGUCCCCGACACCGUCCUCCUGCGUGUCUAUGGCUCUGGCACCGAAGUGCUCCUCUCGCGAAGGGCCGAGCUCCUCAUCCUCCACACCCUCUCGAGCCUCUACGAGAUUGGGCCUCACAUCCUCGGCACGUUUGCAAAUGGUCGCGUCGAAACCUACUUUGAUGCCGAGCCCAUCGGCAAGGAGGGCAUCCGCGACCUCGGUGACCGCAGCGAGACAAUCGUCGAUGACGGCAGCUUGCUUGUCCGCGGCCACGAGGGCAGGUCGCAAUGGGUGGCCAGGAGGAUGAGACAGCUGCACGAGGUACCCCUGGACACGAUGAGGACUGUCUUGGAGCAAGGAGAUCUUCGAGCUCCCAGCGAUCGCGGCUUUGGCAGGGGCAUCGAGAACCACCUCUUUGCGAGAAGCCACCGGCCAUCGGCAAGGAUAACAAAGAGCAUCAUGCAGCAGCAGCAACAGCAGCUUCAGCAGCAACAACAGGUAGCAGGUGGGAGCGGGUACUUUGGCGCAAAGGACGCCAAGGGUGCUGCCGGCAACAUUCGAGAGAGCCCAGCACCGAUGACGCCGACGGACGGCGCUGCACCAGGACUGACGCCAGAUACCUCUUUGAAAGCGACAGGAACCGAGGCAGCAGAGGCCCGGGCCAUGGCCAUCCGCGGAUUCUCACCCACGCACAGGAACAAUUCUGUUGCCUCGUUUGACUCGCUUGCUACGUCGUACAAUUCGCAAGAUGGAGGGAGCAUCGCCUCUGGAAGCUUUGACAACCUAAUGUCGUCGCCCGCCCUCACCUCUUCAAGCUACAGUGAGGCAGUGUCGGUAGCCAGGCGCGGCGGAGCAGGCAGCGAUUCGCCCUACACAUUCAAUACGCCCUCCGCUGCCCGCAGGAACAGCCGCAGUCGAGCACCAUACCCUGGUGUGUGGAGACGAACGAAGCGAUGGGCAAGGGAGGCCGGCAAAGUCAUUGCUCUGGUCGACGAAUUUGCCCGCUCGCCCGAGGGUAUCGCGGCCUGCUCCCAUGCCCUUGGCACGGACCCAAAGGGCCCUCCCUUUACAGCCUUUCCCUCGGCGCCACCAGCUGACAGGGUGCAUUCAAAGGACCUGGGACCGACGAUGACGAGUCUCCGUGACACGCUGCUGGCCGUCCAAGCCAUCGACUUUCCGCGCCUUCUUGAGCAGAUGGACGCAUUCAAGCGCUUUGUCCGACGGUGGGAGCGCAUCAAUGGCGUGAGCCGCAGGGUUCUGGCCCACGGCGACACGCAGUACAGCAACUUGCUCCUCAUCAAAACCUCCGAAGACGCUGGCAUGGGCAUGCCUCGGAAUGGAAGAGACUCAUCGCGCGACUCUCGACGAGGGUCCAACGAAUCGUCGCGCUCGCGGUCCCGGCCAGCAAGGACUGCGCCGUACGAGCGUCUGGUCGUGAUUGACUUUGAGUACUGCUCUCCCAACCCGAGGGCCUACGACAUUGCCAAUGCCUUUCACGAGUGGCGCUUUGACUACCAUUCCCAGAGCGAAUGCUGGUCGCCGUACAUUGAGCCAUACCCUUCACGCCACCAGCAGCGGAGAUGGCUGAGAGCCUACGUCGAGCAAGGCAGGCUGAUUCGAAUGCGAGGUAAAGCACCAAAGAGCGCCAGCGGGGGCAGCUCCGCCAUCCUCGACUCUCCGAACCUGCCGCCUGCCGACGAACUCGCGCUGCCACCUCCAGCCUUUGCCCCCCUAUCCCCUGUGGUCAAAUCCACCAGCAUCGAAGCGACGCCAAGACGGAAUUCGACGCUAGCCGACGAUCCGACCACAUCGCCCACAUGCGUACUUGGCGGCCAGAACCGUGGCAAAAUCAAGGCCACGGGAAUCACAUUCCACUCUCCCGCCCCCUCUCCACGCAUCACGCCUCACCGAAGCAGUGCGUCGCCCACCAACGUCUUUGGCGGCGCAAACAAGGGUCCUUCGUCGCUGGUCCAGCUCGAAGCGAGCAUCGAGCGAGAGAUUGAUCGACUCGAACGGGAAGUCGAGGUCUGGAGCCCGGCGUGCCACGCCUGCUGGGCCCUUUGGGGCAUUACAUUUGCGAAAGAAAUGAUCGAGGGCGUCAUCAAGGUCGCGACGGAGCAGGUCAAGAGCGGCAUGCUGGGUAAGGAGUCCUCUUCCCUGCCAAAGGAAAUCGAGAAUAUUGUCGCGGGCUCGGCGGAGAGCUUUGACAAUCUUCGAUACACUCUUGGCAGAGUCGAACUUUUCAGGGCUGAGCUUACUACCCUCGGAGUCAUUUGA